AUGUUCUACUCGGAGACGCUCCUCCAGAAGAGCGGGCCUCUUGCUCGCGUCUGGCUUUCCGCAAACUUGGAACGCAAAUUAUCCAAGAACCAUAUCCUUCAGUCCAAUGUUACCGACAGCGUCGAGGCAAUCAUCACUCCCAACCAAGCCCCCAUGGCCCUGCGGUUGAGUGGCCAGCUUCUGCUCGGCGUUGUCAGAAUAUACCAACGAAAGACACGUUACUUGCUCGAUGACUGCAAUGAAGCCAUGAUGAAGAUAAAAAUGGCGUUCCGGUCUAGCGGAAACAAUGACUUGGCUGCGAAUCUUCAACUGCCCAACCGCGAAGCGUUGCUUCUGCCCGAUCGCAUUACGCCGUAUGAUAAUUUAGAGUUACCGCCACCUCCAGACGCGUCGUGGUUACUCUCGCAGGUUGAUGACAUCACGGCUACUCCAGUUGGACGCAAUAAAGGGCGUGCCGGCAAUAACAGAGACAUCAACCUACAAGAAGACUUUGAGCUCAGCCAGUUCUUACAAGGAAACAACAGCCAAGAUGCCGACGAGUUUUUGCCGAUGGAAGGUCUGGAGCUCGACCUUGACUUUGGCAUAUCUAUGGAUGACGGCGUCAGCCAAAGCAUCGAAAUAGGUCGAGAUGCACCACCAGCCCGGGACGUGGAAGAUGACGUCUUUAGUGAACUGGACAUCGUGCCUCGCAAGGACACUGCCGAUGUGACUGAAUUGCCAGUUAGGAUCGCCGAAGGAGACAACGAUAUCCCCAUGGGCGGAGACGAUGAGUUUGGUUUCAACGCUGGCGACCAAUCCACGAUUCCUGGGAUGACUUCAACAGCUGCGGACAUUAAUCGCGAAAGAAUAUCGGAAUCACCACUUUCCGACAUUGACGAGAGACUGGCCCAGGAAGUCGAAGCUGAAUACGCACGUCACAACCACACCGACCUGUAUGAGCCUGUAGAAGAUGUAGAGCUCACCAUUGUUCGGAGACCAGCUCAACGGUCAAAGAAGCAAAAGAUCAUGAUGCCCGAUGACGAAAUAGCCCUCUCCGGUAGCCAUAUCAAACAGCAGCAGGCUGACAGGCAAAACAUCAUCAAACCCGCCUCAUUCCUUCCACGCGACCCCUUUCUGCUUGCUCUGAUGGAGAUGCAGAAGAGCGGGGGAUUCGUAUCGUCCAUCAUGACUGAAGGUCGCAGUUCAGCGUGGGCACCCGAACUUCGAGGCAUGUUGUCCCUGGAUACUGUCCGAGGAUUGAGCGAACUCAAGCGGAAGCGUGACAGCGGCGUUGCCGAUGUUGACAGCGACCACGGUGCCGCAAAAUCGCCGCGACUCGAACUCGGAGACGACACAGAUUUCGGCUUUGGAGACAAUGGCUUGGCCGACCAGACUAUGGGAACCGACGGUACGGUCCUGGAGAUACCUGCCGUGGACGACAACAAUGACUAUGAGCGCGACAGCAGUCCGAUGAAUGCGUUUGACGAUACCACAGCCCCGAUUGUGCAUCCUCAGGACAGCGGCCCGGUGUCUAUUGGCACUAAGCACGCCGUACACAUUCUCCGGGACCUGUUCGGGGCCGAGGCGGCGACGAAUGCGGAGAGGCGGAAGAAGAGCUCUGUCGUCUUUCAGAACCUGCUGCCGGAAAGCCAAACAACCAAGGCAGAGGCAACGAAGAUGUUUUUCGAGUGCCUUGUGCUCGCGACCAAGGAUGCCAUAAAAGUAGAGCAAGGGCCCGAGCUGGGAGCCCCGAUCAGAGUCCGGGGCAAGCGAGGUCUCUGGGGAGACUGGGCUGAACGUGAGGCAGGUGGCGAAAUUUCAGAUCAAAACGAGCCUGAGCCUGCGGCAGUCAGUGCGACCGCGGUUGCUGUGGAGGCUUAG